AUGGCGGCCGAUAUGAGCGGCGAGCAGAUGCAGGCUAAAAUAACAGCGGCCAGACGCGAAGCAGAGGGCUUGAAGGAUAAGAUCAAACGCAGAAAGGAUGAGCUUGCCGACACGACAUUGCAACAAGUUGCAAUGAAUAACACCGACCCUCUCCCGCGCAUCGGUAUGAGACCCCGUCGAACGCUCAAGGGUCAUCUGGCCAAGAUUUACGCCAUGCACUGGUCUACCGAUCGACGACAUCUCGUAUCGGCUUCGCAAGAUGGAAAACUUAUUAUUUGGGACGCUUAUACAACAAAUAAGGUGCACGCCAUCCCCCUACGGUCGUCAUGGGUCAUGACCUGCGCGUAUGCUCCCAGCGGGAAUUACGUCGCUUGCGGUGGUUUGGACAACAUUUGCUCUAUUUAUAACCUUUCCGCCCGUGAAGGUCCGACCCGUGUCGCACGUGAAUUGUCCGGUCACUCGGGCUAUCUCUCAUGCUGCCGCUUCAUUAACGACCGACGCAUUAUCACCUCGUCUGGAGAUAUGACCUGUAUGUUGUGGGAUAUCGAGUCGGGGUCUAAGGUGACCGAAUUCGCCGACCACCUCGGCGACGUCAUGUCUAUCAGCAUCAACCCUACUAACCAGAACGUUUUCGUGUCUGGUGCUUGCGAUGCGUUUGCAAAAUUGUGGGAUAUCCGUACUGGCAAGGCUGUGCAAACUUUUGCCGGCCACGAAUCCGAUAUCAACGCUAUUCAAUUCUUCCCAGACGGAAAUGCUUUUGGUACCGGUUCCGACGAUACUUCUUGUCGCUUGUUCGAUAUUCGCGCGGAUCGCGAACUCAACACCUAUCAGAGCGACCAAGUCCUUUGCGGCAUCACAUCGGUCGCCUUUUCCGUGUCUGGACGGCUUCUGUUUGCUGGUUAUGAUGAUUUCGAGUGCAAGGUUUGGGAUGUUCUUCGUGGAGACAAGGUCGGGUCUUUGAGUGGUCAUGAAAACCGCGUCAGCUGCUUGGGCGUUAGCAAUGACGGUAUCAGCUUGUGCACUGGAUCAUGGGAUUCUCUGGUGCGUUGUUAUAUUUGGGUUCGGGCAAUCAUGCUCUCCUGCUAA